UAUCACCCUUCGGUACAUAGGUGGACUCGGUUUUUUCCCCCUCAUUGAAUACUUUUGAAAUGUUCCGUACACGACGACAAUAUAUGUUUCUGGACACCCACCAACUUGUUUGUGAUUCAAGUUUUCAUUAUUGAUGCGAUUUCGUGGUAUUAAAUCGGAUUCCAGUCCACCUCGCCACCCAUUAUGUGUUUCGCUUUAAUUUAAAUUUGUCUACUUUGCCGUGUUUGCCAAAGUAUUUCCUAGGUCGGUAAUUGUUUUUCUCUCAACGACUAAAAACAACACUGAAGGUUACCGAACCAAGUAAACCACUUCCAUUUGCUUUCCACGAAAAAAAUACUUGAUACAGAAUUCAGGCAAAUGCUUACUUUAGUUUCCAUAUGAGCUGUAGCGAAGCAGGAUUAAAAUGGGAGCGCUGUAAUAAAAAGGAGGGGCAGAGGAGGGGCGAUCCGCUUUUCUUUCUUUCCACUUUCCACUGUCAGGUACUUUAGAGAUGAUUGUGCUUUAAGAAUCAGCCUCCAUACACAGGCAUGAAUUUAACAGGUUUUAUAUAAACAGCGCCAGAAGGGAGACUGACUCCAAUAGGGACGGACUUAUUAUCGUGAAAAAGGUUUGUUUCAGUAGGAAUACAGACUCACGGCAAUAGCUGGAGAUGUCCAGUGUCUUUCGGAUACGGACCCUGAUAAGGCUGGCUUUGAUUAUUCUUCUUGGAUGUGGAUCUGGUCUUUCCAUUGGGCAAAAUGACACGGAACCAGUGGUCCUGGAAGGAAAGUGCUUGGUGGUUUGCGACUCUAACCCGUCUGCAGAAGGAGGGGUCACCGAUUCGCUGGGAAUAACGGUCCGGUCAGGCAGCGCCAAAGUCGCUUUCUCCGCUGUUAGAGGAACGAAUCACGAGCCAUCUGAAAUGAGCAAUAAAUCCAUGACCAUUUACUUCGACCAGAUUUUGGUUAACGUCGGCAAUCAUUUUGACUUAAAAUCGAGCGUAUUUCAAGCACCGAGAAGAGGGAUUUACAGUUUUAAUUUUCACGUGGUGAAAGUCUACAACAGGCAGACUAUACAGGUAAACCUUAUGCAGAAUGAAUACCCGGUGAUAUCCGCCUUCGCUGGAGACCAGGACGUUACGCGUGAGGCGGCCAGCAACGGAGUACUUCUGCAUCUGGAGAGGGAUGACAGGCUGUACCUGAAGCUGGAGCGGGGAAACCUCAUGGGUGGAUGGAAGUACUCCACCUUCUCCGGCUUCUUGGUUUUCCCUCUAUAACCAAAUAAAAGGUUUUUAUGGCAGUUGAA